AUGAGUGGAGGACUAUAUGGAGGAGGUAUGAUAUUAAGUUAGAUUUUACUUUGCUUUUAGUUUUACUUUUUUAUUUGAAGAACAAUGUAAAACAUAGAAAAAUGUAUUUUUACUUAUUAUACAUGCUAUAAAAUUAGAAUAACAGAAGGUAAUGUUUUUCAUUAGUUUUAGAAAGUAGUUUGGCUGUUGUCUGUGAUAAUAUAAUUUGCUUUAUCACUUUGUUUUUAGAUGAUGUUGGUGCAAUUGUGUUUGAUAUUGGUGCACACACAUUCAGGUGCGGCUAUGGAGGUGAAGAAUAUCCAAAGGUAAACUUUAUUUUUUCUUUUUCUUCACUUUUAGAUUAACUACUUUAACAUUCACUUUAAUAUUUAAAAUCUCAAAUUUCAGAUAGUAAUUCCAUCUGCAGUUGGAGUACGUGAACGAACAGAUUAUCAAAAAGUUACAGAACGUACAGAAGAGUCUAUGGAAGUCGAUAAUGAAGCAAAACCAGCACCAAAGAAAGAUUAUUUUAUUGGAACACAGAAUAUUAACGUACCUCGCGAGAAUUGCGAGAUAAAACACUUUGUGAAGGAUUCUCAAAUUGAUGAUUGGGAGCUGUUUGAACAGAUGAUGGAUUAUGCUUACAAUGGAUGUUUGAAAACUGACAGUAAGAACCAUGGAACGCUGUUUUCUGAGGCUCCAGUAAGUUUUUGCUUUUCUUUUCGAUUUUUUGAAUUUUAUGUGUGAAACUUAGGGUAUUGUUACCUCCAUCGGUUAUUAUAACUUGAUUAAAGCUUAAUCUAGUUAAAAUUUAAAGAUACGUUAAGGUGCCAUUAAGUUAUGACGCUUUUCUAAAUAUUAACUACAAUUUUCAGUGGAAUCAAAAGGAUAAACGAGAGAAAUUGGCUGAAUUGAUGUUUGAAAAGUAUGGUGUACCUUCAUUUUAUCUUGUAAAAAAUGCUGUACUAACUACUUUUGCUGCUGGGCGAACAGCUGGUUUGGUAUUGGACAGUGGAGCCACUUAUACAUCAGCUUGUCCAGUAUAUGAAGGAUACCCACUUUUAAAUGGUUUGUUUUGGUUUUUUCUUGUUUUUGGCUUUUAGGGAGUUGUUUUAUUGGAUGGAAAAGACUUUGAGAAGCUUGAAAAGUUAUAUUUUUUAAAAGUUUGAAUGAAAAUGGCACUAUUAUUAAUAAGAAACGGUAAAAAGGCAAAAACUUGAAACUGAAAGAAACGUAACUAAAACUCUAUUUUUCAGCCGUGGUAAAGAGUCCUGUAGGAGGAGACAUGAUCGUAGAUCAAUGUCAACGAGUUCUAGCUCAACAGAAUAUUGAUCUGGUACCUUACUAUAAGAUCAAAUCAAAGAGAGAGGUUGAUGAUGGGAAGAAACCUGUCUGGACGGCCAAGAAAUUACCUCCAGUCACCGAAUCUUAUGAGAAUUUCAUGAAAAAGGUAUGAGAAUGGCAAGGACUUUCUUUACGAAAAAGAAUGGCAAGAACUUUCUUUACAAAACAAAAAAUGGCAAGAACUUUUUUUACAAAGCAAAAUAUAGCAAGAACUUUCUUUACAAAACAAAACUGGCAAGAACUUUCUUUACAUAUUUUAAAAAUUUAAAAUUUCAGCAACUAGUGGAAGACUUUGCCCAAUCUACCCUCCAGCUAUGUGAUUCCCCGAUUGAUCUGGACUUUAUGGAGAAACUUCCAGCUUCUUCAUACGGAUUUCCAUGCGGAUUCAGGAAGGAUUUCCUAUCGGAACGGGCCAAAAUCCCGGAAAGUUUGUUCGAUUUGAAGUUCCUGGAAGGGCAUGGUGAUGUAAAGGAGACUCUACUGGACGUAUCUCAAGUAGCACACACUUCAGCUGGCAUGUGUGAUGUGGAUGUGAGGCCGGUAAGGUUUUUUGGGAUUUUGAGGGGAAAUGCUACCUAAAAUUUGAUUUUUUUUUUAUUUUGAGGAGGAGUGUUACCUAAAAUUUGAUUUUUUUGUAAUUUUGAGUUUAAAUAUUACCUAAAUUUCGUUUUUAAAGAUUUUGAAUUGAAAAUGUUACCUAAAAUUUGCUUUUUAAAGAUUUUAAAAUGAAAAUGUUACCUAAAAUUAAAAAAAAUUAAUUUUCAGCACCUCUACGGCAACCUACUGGUAACAGGUGGCAACUCCUUGAUUAUGGGCUUCACAGAACGUUUGAAUCACGAUUUGGCACAAAAAUGCAACUCCACCGUAAAGCUUCGAGUACCACAAUCUCAGCCGAACGAGCGAAAGUACGGCGCGUGGAUUGGCGGAUCGAUUGUGGCUUCAUUGGGAACUUUUCAACAACUUUGGAUAUCCAAAGUUGAGUACGAAGAGAGUGGCAAGGCUAUUGUGGAGAGGCGGUGUGCUUAA